GAUAGCAGCAAUCAUGGCGGAGUUAUGGCAGGCUGUGUCCGAUGUUGUUUGGACACGGUCCUUUUGGUUACCUGGAAACCGAACUUGGGAUGAUCUUAAAAAUACAGAUAAUGGCAUAUAUCAUCCUCAGACUGGGGAUCUAAUAGUACCUGUGUAUCUUUCUGUCUUCGUUUACAUAUUACGGAUAUUUUUCGAAAGGUAAAUAGAAUACACUAUAAUUUAUAAUAAUAGUGUAUUUAUGUAGUAGGCUGUAAAGUAGGCCUAAAUUUUAAAUAAAAAAUUAUCAUCCAAUAUGUAGUAAAAAGACUAAACUAGCAGUAGUUUUUACAAGGCGGCCAGUCCCUAUUGCUAUUACUGAAUUUUACUCCUUUUAAGGCUUUUAACUGAUUGGCUACCCUAUUGAAAAACCCUGUGUGGCUGAAUUAAAUGUGGGUUACAUUUUCAUUUUCCCACAUUCACAAUCACUGUACUGACUGUACUGUUGAAUCACAUGCAGGGUCUUAGUAUAAAUUCACUUGCUUGUAUUAGUUAUCUUAAUUAUGAUAACCAAACAUACUUUUAUAUACCAUUUUGUAGAUGAAUGAGUUUACUUGAGCCUAGGGUCCAUCCAUAAAUGACAUACGAAGUGGUUAUAUGCAGCGGACUGCGUAUAACCCUGAGAGUUAUACGCAGUCGGCAAGUCACGUGAGGUCUAUAUACUUCCUCUGUUACAGUAUCGUUCGUUAAAGGUACCUCGUUAUCAAGAUGACUAGGUGGUCGAAUGGUUUGAAUUGAGCAAACCUGAAGUUUUUAGUUUGGAGUUCAAUUCCAGCCAACGGCCAGUCAAGACUGAAUGAUACAUGUUCAUUUUUAUGUUGGUUCUCGAGAUUAAUUAAUUCACGUUUGUUUUGGCUAAAAAUUGUUAAAACAUGAUUAGAAUUAUAAUCAGGGGUAGAGAGUAGCAGAAAAAAAUUGCUGUAGGGGCAGGGGGUUCUGUAGAGGGGGCACUGUAAGUAAUACUUUCACACAGUUAUAGUUUUGCAUGGAAGCUGAAAACUGUUACAUUAAGGUCACCCCCCCUCCCCCCCAAAAAAAAUAAAAGAUAAAUUAUAUGAGUUUUUAAAAAUAAAUAGAAUGUAUUUCCUGAAUUAGUCAGUGAAACCAACCACAUAGUCAUAGCAACAUGUAAAAACCUAAUCAAUCAGAAUACAGAACUCGACUUAAACCAAGGAAAUGUCUUAAGGCAGUGGUUCUCAACCUUUCCAAUGCCGCAACCCUUUAAUAUAGUUCCUUACGUUGUGGCGACCCCCAAACACACAAUUAUUUUCGUUGCUGCUUGGUAACUUUUGAGCGUGUGUGUUUUCCGAUGGUCUUAGGCGACCCGUGGGAAAUGGUCAUUCGACCACCAAAGGGGUCGCGACCCACAAGUUGAGGACCGCUGCCUUAAGGCAUAAUCAUCUUCUUAGUUUUAGACUCUAAGAAAUUUAGAACUUUGACUUAGACUUAUAAUUUAUAAGAUACAAGCAAUAAUACUAAUAAUAGCACUAAUACUAUUACUAUUAUUCAAAAUUAAUUAAAAUUAAUUCAUAAAAAAUUUUACGUCUUACUUACGUUAAACACAUUAAAAGUUAUAGUUCAAAACAACCCAUCAUGCGGCUAAUUACGCAUAAUACUUUUUUUGAAAUUGCCAAACUAGCGGUAAUAAACAUUAUUUGGCUAAAUUCCCAGCCGACUGCGUAUAACCCUGAGAGUUAUACGCAGUCGGCUGGGAAUAACUUUCAGGGUUAUGCGCAGCUGACUGCGUAUAACGCUUCCCAAUGACAUAUGUCUAGGAGGGGGGUGGGGGGCUCAAAUGUGUUGGUUUUUAAGCAUUCAUUGUGACGUCACAUUAAAAGCGUAGCAUUCUUGAAUCUUGGAAAAACUAAAUUACCAACAUUUUAAAAUUAUUCUUUUAUAUAAAAUUUAUAAUUAUUUUAUUUUUAAACUGAGAGAAUCAAUACAGAUAUGAUCUGAUAUGCUAGAUCUAAGAAAUGGCUUCUGAUAAAGUUACAGGAUGCCAUGGAGUAUGGAGGUGAAUCGUGGUGUAGUGACUUGACAUUUAAGAGAAUUUAUAUAAAAAUGUAGCAACAGGAGUCAUAGAAUUAGGGUUACCACUUGAAGUGAGAUAGAAUGAAAAAUGGUUGACGGUUGCAGGGAGAUCUUAAUAAAUAUUCUAGCCUAGAAUCUAUGGAAGCACUGCAUCCCCUCUUAAUUUCAAAAACAUUUCCCCCCAAAAAAACCCCCCCCCCCCCCAUAAAUUAUAUCAUUAUAAACUGUAAAAAUAUAAAAUAAUUAAUUUAGUUAUUGUUGUUUUGUUUAUUUAAUUAAUUUUCUAGAAACAAGAAACAAUAUUUAAAUAUACAAGUAAUGCGCAAAAAAAAAAAUUCAACAGCAAAUAAUGCUUUCUGCUGUUAAUCAAAAUGCAUCAAAAUUGAUUUUAUUUUUAAAGACAGGAACAACUAGCAAUGGCAGCAAAUGUGUUUUUAUUUUCUUGGUCUUACCCACCACAAGGGGCGCUUUCACUACUGUUCUAGACAAAUAUCUCUGCGGUAAUGCUAUAUCCAGGGGAGGUGCAUCAUCGCCUGUCGUCCCGUCUGGGGCUUAGGCCACAAACAAAGGCUCUCCAGGCAUCCCGGUCUUGGGCAAGUCUCUCCAGCUGUCCCCAGUUGUGCCCACUCUUUUUGGUGUCUGCCUCUAGUUCCCUUCUCCAAGUUAUUUUGGGUUGACCUCUUUUUCUCUUGCCCUGGCGUUCCAAGUGAGGGCUUUUCUCGUGAUACUUGAUGUGGGCUUUCUGAGGGUGUGGCCAAUCCAUCUCCAUCUGCUCUGGCAGACUAACUCUUCCACUGGUUCUUGUGUGCGCCGCCAGAGAUCCUCGUUGGUGAGGACGUUGGGCCAGCGGAUUCAUAGAAUCAUUCGGAGACAUGAGUUGAUAAACGUCUGUAGCUUAUUUGAACCAGCUGCUGUUGUUCGCUAUGUUUCUGCUCCAUUUAGCAAGACAGGUUUCACUGUGGUGUUGAAUAUCCUGACCUUGGUCUGUAGGGUCAAGUUGCUGCAGCUCCAGACUUUUUUUAGCUGGUUAAAUGCAGCUCUAGCCUUGCCAAUUCUCACUCUUAUGUUGGCGUCUGUCCCUCCUUGUAUGUCAAUGAUGCUGAUGAGGUAUGUAAAGCUAUCAACCUCUUCAAGGUUUGUUCCUUCUAGUGCUAUAGGUGUGUUGCUUGAUGUAUUUAUUUUAAGGACUUUGCUUUUUCCUCUAUGGAUGUUCAGGCUAACGCAAGCAGAGUACUGUGCUACAUAAUUGGUUUUCUCUUGCAUCUGUUGCUGUGUGUGUGAUAUUAGAGCGAGAUCAUCCGCAAAAUCCAGAUCAUCAAGCUGUUUCCAUAGUGUCCACUGGAUGGAUACCAUUUCUCUUCUGCUUUGUAGACAUUUUCAUUAUCCAAUCAAUGGUCAGCAGGAAUACGAAGGGCGAGAGCAGACAUCCCUGUCUGACACCGGUCUGCAUUCUGUUGAAUACUUUGCUUGGGAUGGAUAGCAGGGUUAUUCUUCUAUAGUAAGAGAAAGAACUAAGGUCUCCUUUCUUCAGGAGCUUAAUGAGGUUUCCUUCUUUCCAAUCAAUCAGUAUCUGUUCUUCCUCCCAUAUGUUCUUGAAUAGUGUGUGUAGCAUUUCAGUGCUAGUUGUAAUAUCUGCUGUCAAGGUUUCGGCCAGUAUUCUGUCUGGACUUGCCGCCUUGCCUUCCUUUAGUUGUUUAAUUGCUCUGCAUAUCUCUUAUUUUGUGGAUGUAUUGUGGGUGGCUAUCCUUUUCUAGAUCUUGUUCCGCUGGCUCUAUGUUAAGUGUGUGUUGUGGGGCUGGCCAGUUGAGGAAUUCUUCAAAAAUGGUAUUUAACUAUGUAUUAUAUGUAUGUUACAGUAUGUAUUAAUGUUGAGUUAUUAAUACUAACCAGUUGACCUAGCCUGUCCAUAAAAAAUAUUAUAUAAAAAUCUGGGUAAAGGUGGAGAUAGUGGUAUGGGGUUUGCCAAGAGGUAUCUUACCCUAAGCGCAGUGGCAUCACAAUGACAACUUUUCUGUUCUUCAGAAAGCAUUCUUAGCAUCAUAAACUAAAUCUGACGAUUGAUUAACUCUUUCCAUGCCAAGGGGUUUUCCACGUUUGUGCCAGACCAGUAUUCGGCCAAUGGAAAUUUUUUAGGGUGCCGCCUAUCUAUUAAUUAAUUUUGAAUACAUUUCUUUUAGCAAGAUAGCUGUAUUUCAUAUCAAAUUAAAGGAAAUUAGACAGAGAAUAAUAAUAAGUAAAAUAUAAAACAAUAUAACAACAAAAGUUAAAUUUUUUAGGUAAAAUUGUGAGAUCAAAUUUUCUAUAUUUUUAAAAUUGCACACCAAAUCUGAACUUAUCAAACUACCAUACGGUCUGUUUAGCUGAUAUCCUAUUCUGCUUCAAUCCCCAAAAAGUAUAUCCAUUUUUGAUCAUAAUGCAUUUUACAUUUUGAAAAUAUUCCAUUUUUGUUACAGAGUUAUACCCAUUUUUGUAACGUUGGGAGUAUUCCAAUCUGAAUCCUCACUGUUGCCAGAGUAACAAAGUGAUUUUGAAAAAAAUUCAUAACUUUUGAACUACUUGAGCCAGAAAGAAAGUUGAUCUGGGUGUUUUUUCAAUCCAUUCUCUAGGCUCUAUACAUUCGUGGUAUUUUUAUAUUUUUAAAAAUGUUUAGAAAUUUUUAUGAAAGUGCUGAUAGUCACCACUAUUACUAUUACUAUCACCAUUCUAUUACUAUUUCCAUUUGGCAUUCACCGACCCAUCAGAAUGCUGAAAAUCAUCAUUGGAAUCAGAUUCAAAUGAUUCAUGGUUAUUGUCUGUUGUUUUAGCAUCAAAAAUUAGCAAUAAAAGUUGUUUUUUUUGCAAAAUUGACUACCUACAUGGUCUAGCAACAGCUGACAUGCUUGGAGUGGGCGUGGCGGCUUUGUUUACAAAAGGUUCAACACAAAUUGAACUAUUAUUAGAAAAAACACAUGCAAACAUGCCCUCCUUCCUAAAAAAAAGGAAGUAGUAAGAGUUAUCCUUCGUUUAAGAACAAAAAAGUCUGAUUAAGAGCCACAAGCAACGAAAUAAACUACAUAAAUGAUAUCGACAGUAUACUGUGGGUUGGCACGAACGCGACCAGUCAAAUCGACAGUAUACUGUCGAUUGGCACGGAAAGAGUUAAGUUUAUAUGAAAUAUAUUAAAAUGAAUUGUUCCAAAUGUUUUUAUAAAAUUCAACUUACAAGGUUCAAAAGAAUCAUCCUUGCUAUUACGCCAAAUUGACCACCAGUGAAAAAGACAAGUGCCAUGCUAAAAUGCUGCUUUUUGAUUGGUUAAAAAAAAGCUGUCCAAAGUGUUGUGAGGCAAUAGAAACUUCCAUCGAAUAAGCACAGAGCUUAAAAUCCAAACCUUUUGAAUACGGAACCAUACUCAGAAGUUAACCUUUGAUCACCACCAUGAUCAGCGGCCAUAAGCAAAGUGUCAAGUAACUUCCAUAGACAAGUCACGUGGCUAUAAGUAUGUCACAGUGGAGCAUCUCACUAAAAGGCUGAUGUCAUCCAAGUGUCAACCCAAGGGUUAUGUGCAAAAAUAAUUAUUUUGGGGUGAAUUUAUUAAUGUGAUGGUAAUUAAAGAACAUGAUUUAAAUUAGCCUUUUGUGAAUCUUUUUCAUUCAUGAAUAAUUUGUCAAUCUAAAAUAAUAUUAGGAGACACGGCUGCUGCACUUCUCUUUUGUAUUAAUUUCUAAUAUCCUAGUUACAAACAUGGGGAAAAGGCUCCAAGCUACACUUCAGCCAGGCCUGGAAGACCAUUCUUUCUAUGAAAAUAUACACAGAAAUUAACAAAGUUACAGAAAUUUAUCAAUAUUGAUGUUUUAAAGAAACAAAUAUUAACUCUCAUUUCACAAGGUUUCAUGGCUUUCAUUACCUUUGCUAAUUUUAUUAAAAAAUUUAGUACUUGCCUGAGGUGUAUCACAGUCUUCAAAGCAGCCUUAUGUGCACAACAUGAUUUUUUAUUUUAUUUCAGAUGCAUUUUUGGACCAAUAGGACACUCCUUUGGGUUGAAGGCAGUUGUAAAAAAAGCAUCACAGAACCCUGUUCUAGAAAAUGCCUUUAAGCAGACAAAAUCACCUUCUAAUGAUAUUAUUCAGGUGAGUUAAUUAAAAAAAAAUUGGAGUUAUCAAUGGGCCACUCAUGACCAUAGGGUCUCUUAGAUGUAGCCAAUAUUUAAAAGAAGGUGCUUAUGCAAGACAAAUCCCUGCUUUUCUUUUCUUAACAUGCAUGAUGAGAACGCAAACAAGAAACAAAUUGAUUUAGGAUUAUUUAUCUAUAGGUAAGUUUUAGAUUGAGUUUAAAUGGCAUUUGUCCAAAUGUUGUUUCAAACAGUUUAAUUGUGAUUGUUUUAACUCCUGAUGGCUUUUUUAAAGUCCUAUAAUUGAAAAACCAACAUCAAUAUCUUCCAGCAUCCUCGUGGUAAAAUUAGUCAUCGCCUGAUAACAGUAAGCAUAGUCUAUACCUUUUCUUCAUAUAUCCUAUGCUUUUUAUUCCUUCAUCUUGAUCAUUAUAUUUAUCAUCUGAAGGAUAUAUGCAGUUUUCUUUAGUACGCUGUAUACAUACACCUUGAAAAAUUCUUCUUUGUUGAGCGCUCGAAAUACAUUUCUUCUUAGUUAUUUAUUAUUUAAAAUAAACAACCCAAAAUAUGAUCUGCAUCCAAAAACAUUUCAAAAUCACAUACAAUUUUACAUACAUUUUUUAUUUGCAAAUGUUUAAAAGGAAUCUGCUGGGCAACAAAUCAUCCUGUUUUUUCGGUAUAUAUGAAGAAGCUGCCUUUAAAGCUGUUAACUCAUAUGAGCUAACAGAAAAAAGUUAAUAUUUUCUUAAAUUUUAAAAUUAUUUUUUUUAAUGAAAUUUUAGAUUUGGGAAUGUAAGUUGCACCAUGCCAAAUAUAAAACAAAAAAUAAUAAUAUUAAUUUGUUGAAGAUAAAUAUAUAUUUCAUUUUAGAAUGUAAAGGUUUUUAAGUUGUAAACUUAUAAUGAACCUCAAUAAAUAAUUUAAAGCAAUUUCUGUUUCUUUAAACAUGGGUGAAAAAUGUAAAUGACAAUAUUGAGGUAAACAAACAUAAGUAUAAGAAUGAUUUAUUGGCUAUUUUUUGUAAUAGUAUUUUUUUCUGUUUUCUAGCAUUCAAGGCUUAUACUGUGAAUUUUACAUUACAACAUUAUAGUAAAUAUUAUAAAUAAUUAUUUUUGGAUGUUCAUGGAGACACUGCUAAAGUAUGGAUUUAGUUAAAAGGUUAAUAAUCAUUUUGGGGUGCAAAAGUAUUUUAAGAAAUGUUGCAUGAAAUAAAAAUAAAAUUUUAAUGUUAAACUUGAACUUUUUUUCACUACAAGUGUAGGAAUGCUAAUAAAUGUGUUAUGGGUAUUAUCUUUGUGGUUCAAUUAGACAAUUGACUUAUUUUAGAGCCCAGGAUCAACUAAUUACUAACUAUAGAAAGUUUUGUAUAAAGAGCCCCUCCCCUACUAAACCAUUAUAGAAUUUUUACAUAAAAUUUCUCAAAUUUUAAUGGCAAUUAGGGUUUUCUCAUUUCCCAGGGAUUUGCUUAUCCUGAUAAAACACAAAUGAAGUUUUCCUCAUGAGAAAUUCUGGGAUAAAAUAAUUACUGUAUUUUCCGGCGUAUAAGACGAUUUUUAACCUAUGAAAAUCUUUUCAAAAGUCAGGGGUCGUCUUAUACGCAGGGUGUCGUCUUAUAAGCUGGUAUACAGCCCAAACCCUAUAUUUUAACAGGAAAAGUAGGGGGUCGUUUUAUACGCCAAGUCGUCUUAUAUGCCGGAAAAAACGGUACUUUAAUUAAAAAUAUAUUAUAAACUGAAUUAAAAUUAAACUGUGAAAGAGUUGAUUUUUAAAGUUGUUUUAUUGGUGUUGUCUAUUUAAUAAAUAUAAAAACAAUGAUAAGGUUAGUUGAGAGGGUGGUCCCUUGCUACUAUUUGCUUCAUUUUCCACGGCUUAUCACUAGUAAUGGAUAACUAGCUAAUAAUAGGCUUGUUAAGCAAAAGUGGGAUAUAACUGCCUGUAGAAAAAAACCUCAACAUUUAAUGAGUUUUGCAUUCUUACAGGUGGCUAAUUCUAGUUUUGAAUCAAUCACUAAAUAUUUACAAGCAAAUAUUUCUAACAAUUUGAAACAACAGGCUCGUUUGAAUUAUAAAACAAUUAGAAAUGUUAAUGAUUUAUGACAAUCUGUCAUUUGCUGAAGUACAAACAAACAAGAACAUUUUAUUAAAGGUGUUAAAAUGGGAUUUCCGGGAGGGUAAAAUUUCCCAGGAAGUCUUUUGAUAACUCAAAGAGAAACCCUAAUACUACUAAUAGCAAUCCUUAACCUUUCCUUAGUGUUAAUUUUAGGUUUUUAAAAUUAUCAAAUGCUAGCAGCAUCAAAUGAGCAAUUUAAGAAGAAGAAAAAAGAGAGAUUUAGAGAAGCUAAGGCGAAAGCUUUAAGGUCUGAGUUUUCAAAAGAUGGCAUAGGACAAAUUAGAAAAUUAUUAAUCUUAUCCCUCUGCAGCUUCUUUAUAAGAUAAAUAUGGUGUUUAAUUUAAACAAAAUUUAUUUUAUGCAUCAGUCUAUUUUUUUUGUAGUGAUAUGUAAAAUAAUUUAUUUAUUUAGCAGUUGAGAAUCAAUAACAACUUUAUAUUUGUCAUAUUGGUGUUCAUAUGCCGUUAUUAAUUUUUUGAAAAGUUUAGCCGAACACCCAUUUGAUCUUUAUAACUUUUCAACACACCAAUAAUUAUAAUAAAACUGAAAAAAAAUUAUGGAAAAAAUUGCUACACAUCUUGCUUUUUAAAGUAAAUGUGCUUUUAAAGUAAAUGCUAGUAUCCACUUUUUUUGACUAAGUUUUUUAGACUAAUUCACCAUGUAACACCAUUUAGCAUCAUCCUGGAUAUGCUCUUAGUACAGUGUUUCCCAAACUUUUGACAUUUGUGUACCCUUGUCUAUAUUUUUCAAAACACUGAGUACCUCUCGUUACAAAAAAAAAAAAAAAAAAAAUUGCAAAAACGUUACAAAAAAAAAAAAAAAAAAAUUGCAAAUACUUUAAUAACAAUAAAAAAAUAUUUAUUUUCCCCUUUUUAGUAAAUAAAGAAAAUAAUAAACAAAAAAUAAAAUGCAUUCAUAAGGAUGAAAUUGUUUAUGUUGAGACUACUGUUCAUCAUAAUUUGGUUCCUUGGUUGUAAAUUUUAAUCUGAGAUGCAGUUCCAAACACAAAAGCCUGUUUCUUUUUUGACUUAAUGUUUACAAAUGUUGAAAAAGCAACUUCACAUAGAUAUGAAGUUAGAAAAGGCAAGAUGUAUUUCAGGACGUGCUCUGUUAAAGCUGAGAACAAAUGUUGCAUUUUCAACUAGAAUUAUUUUAAAGUACACUCCUUAUGUUUAUUGUUCAAGAAUCCCUAUGAAGCUAAUUCCAACAAUAGCUCUUCUUCUGCAUGCCAUAAACAUUCUGGCAUGGAUUUUAUAUUAAUUUUAAUUGGAUAUCUUAUUUAUUCAAUAUUUUUGUUUAAAUCAGGAAAAUAGUUUUCAGGCCCACAUGUAAGUUCUCUGUAAAUGCUGUGUUAUACAUUUCAGAGUAUCAGCAUCAAUUUUACUAGCUGAACUUGUUAUAAACUCAUGAAAAGAGGGCAAGGAGUCCACUUCUCCAUUACCAACUCUUUUUUGCCACAAAUUAAAUUUUGCCAUGGUAGCAUUCACUUUAUCUUGAAUAGGAAACAAUUAAAUUUCUUUGCCUUGUAACAAUAAGUUGAGACUGUUUAAAACAGAGAAUAUAUAUCUGCUACGUAUGCCAAUUUACAGAUCCAUUUCCAGUCAAGUUAACAGGUUCUCAGCUCCAAUCUUUCAUUAAGAAAAACUUGAAGUUCAUUUCUAAGUUCAAAUAAUCAGUUUAGAUUUUUCCCUUGAGAUAGCCAACGAACAUCAGCAUGAAAAAGAAGCCGAGUAUGACUACGUCCCAUUUCUUCACACAUUUGGUAAAAAAUUGUGCAUUUAAAAGACGACCUUUAAUGUAGUUAAUGAUUUUCACACUUUCAUCCAGAACUUUCUGUAGAUCAGCGGGAAUCUAACUCAUUACCAAAGCCUCUCUGUGUAUGCAACAAUGUGUGGAUAUGACAUUUGGGGCAACAUUCUUAAUUCUUGCAAUGAGUCUUUUAUUAAUUCCGACCAUACUUUUUGCUCCAUCUGUGCUUAUUCCAACACAUCUAUUCCAGUCAAUUUUGUUCUCUUGCAUUAAUUUAUUCAUAACAUUAAAGAUAUCUUCUCCUGUUGUAUGACCUGAUAGAGGCUGGCAAAUAAAAAGUCAUCAUGAAUUUCUUGAUCUUUUUCUUACCUAACAAAUGCCAUAAGAUUUGCAAAAUUUGCAAUAUCAGUGGAUUUAUCGACUUGUAAUGCAUGAUAACGACUUUGAGAAAUAUCAGACAAAAACACCUGUUUUACAUAAUUAGAAAUACCAAUGAUUCAUUGAUGAACUGUAUUAUUUGGGAGGGGAAAACAGUCAAACCUUUGUUUUUCCUCUUCUCCUAUCAUUACUUCUGCCAUUAUCUUGGCUGCAGGCUUGAUUAAAGUUUCGCCAAUCAUCUCAGCUGCACUGCAUUUUGCAAUAAAAAGUGACACAUAUUAUGAAGCUUCUAGGAUUUUUUUUUGUAUUUUCACCUGUCAAACCCUGCAUUACUUUACAAGACUGAUUUAAAUCCUUGUUUUCAAAGAAAUCGAUUUAUUUAUCUUUGUACUGUUUGUGGUUUUUCUCAAAAUGGCGCUUAAAGUUUUAUGGUUUCAUGCUUAAAUUUGUUAAAUUUUCAGAACAAAUGACACAAAAUGGAAUAGGCCCUUUUUCAUCUCCAGUCCAUGAGAAUCCAAAUUUAAGAUAUUCUUUGUUGUACUUGCAAGUUUUCCCUGCUCUUUUCUUAACAGGUUCUUUCUGAAUUGAAGGUGGUUCACCCUUGUUAAUUUCAUUAUUUUCUGUUUUUUGAUUGUUACUACAUUCAGAUACAGUCCCAGAUUUCAACCAGCGAUCCAUAAUCUUGAAUUCUAGGGCUAAAACUUAUAUUUAGUAUGAAUUAUCAAAAUCAAUAAGGCUUACUAAAGCACAAAGCAAACCUUUCCUAUUAUAAAAAUCACACGAAAGCCAAAAAUGCACACGCUGUAGCAGUUCAAUGUGUACUGGAUUUUUUGUGUGAAACUGUUAUCUGGGCCAUGGAGUCAGGGAAUGCAUGGAAUAACAGCGCCCGAUGACGCCACAGGCUACACAUACAUACAAAAGCACACAUCACAAUACUAACAAAAGAACUGUCAAAUGCAAACGUGUUCUGGUGUCAACACUUUUUAGUAACUUUGAUAUGAGAACUAAAAUAACCAAAACUAAAGGAAAAUGAACCCUGAGACCCAUAUAAGUACAUAUAUUCUGAGAGUAAGUGGAACAAGGAAUCAUAUGUUAUGAAUGUUGGAAUUAUGUGAGCUAUGUAAAAUAAAUAUGACCUUGAUAUUUAAACUGUACAUUUAGUACCACUGUUUAUCUUUACUCAACUAUCACCCAGAUUGACUGCGGGGUCCUUUUUGUCAACUAAAUACGUUUUUUAGACACAUAAAACAUUAUUCUUUCAGUUUAGAAAAUAUAAAGUUAUUUGGGUUUAUAGAAAUAAAAAAAAAAAAAUUGUGGUGACCUAAAUUUUUCUUCAUAUAAGGCCUAUUGAAUUAGUAACCUUUUCCCUAUUACCGGUACUAACACUAUUAUUAGAAAUUAAUUUGUACUUCUGCCAACCUCACUAUCAUAAUUGUAACUGCCACCAAGAGUAGUGCCAACAAAACUAUCUUCAAAAUCAGUUCCAUGAAGAAAGAAUUAAAUAAAUUGGGAAUUUUUUUUAGCAGAGCUAAAUUCCGAGUCCAAAAAGUUGGUUUUAGCAAAAAAAAAAUCAGCUUGAUUCAAAAUAAAAUAAACAAAAAAAAACAAGAAGUAAAUACAACUUAUUUGAGUUAUCCCCCUUUAAAAUAAUGUAAAACUUCUCCUUAAUGGCCGAUCAUCGGCCGUUAUGACAUUUCAUGGGCUAAAUAGUUAUGAAGUUUUUUUUAUUAUUUUCUAUGUUUGUAAUAGAAAAAAAUUAAGCUGGUUGUUGCACCUGGUGCAGCCAUAGCCCGGUGCAUCACAUACCCCUACCGAACUUUUCCCGUACACCCAGGGUUAUGUGUACCACACUGGGAAACACUGCUCUAGCAUAUUAGCUCAAUUGUGUACCUUUAUCACAGAAUAUAGAUCAGAGAACAUCUACUGAUUAAUAAAUAACCUGUAAUUUAUUAAAUUUAUGUCUUAAGCCAAAAUAUUGUUGUCAAAUAUAAUUUAUAUUUGUUGAAAAAUCAAAAAAAUAUUUAAUUUGUUUGUGGCAUCUGCAGUCUUUUUCUUCUUAUUUUUUUUAUAAAUAGAAAUAAUACCACUUAUUGGUUCUUUUAACAAAAGUAUAUGUUUAAAUCAUCAGCACAAUGGAAAUAAAAUAUACUUCAUAUUAGAUAGAAUCUAUCACAUUGAUUGAUUGAAAUAGAUGUAUAAAAAAAAAUAUUGUUUAAAAAGCUGUGGCACUAUUUUGAAUUUGUGGAAAAUAAAUUGGAGAAUUUAAGAAAAUUGUUUAUAUUUUCUAUGUUCAAUCAAACUCAAGGUUGGAUUUGUGUUCAAACAGCAGAUUCGCAGUUCCCGUAGAAAAUUUGUUAUAAGUUUCAUAACAAUAAAUUAAAAAAUGCGAUGGCUGAGGUUUUAUUUACUAAAUGUAAAACAAGCAAUGUUGCCCAGUGGGUCUGCUUUUGUUUUUGAAUUGUUUUGAAGACUUUGUAAAAAUUUCAUAUUGAUGAUUUUUUGUUAACAAAAUUUCCUUGCAUUUUUAAAAUGUUAGGUCUUUUAAAGCUGAUUAAGAGGCUAAACCAGUCUGCAAGCCACUAGUGCUUAUAUGCCCCCAAGCUUCUGCUUGCCCUAAUAAGCACUCGUUUCAAUUAAAUAGUUUUUUAAAGAAAAUUAUGUGGGAACUGUUUUCAUAACUUGUUAGCUUUGGACAAAAGAAAUUGUAUAAAAAUUUGUAUAUUACAACAUUUAAUUUAAUAUAUUAUGGGAUUUUUCGUUUCUGAUUAAGCCUUAGAUCUUUACUUUCUAUAACUUUCUUUAUACAUCUAACAAUUUUAAAAAAAUAGAACUUUAAGGUGCACAAUUCCUAUUUAUUUUCUCAGUAAUACAUUGCAUAUCACAAUACACUAGCAUUAUGGGGUCUAACCUAAUUAGUUCAGUUAUAUUCUAAUAAAGGCGAGUCAAUGAAUUAAAUUUUAUUUAUAAUGACGUUUAUAAAAUAUUAUUACAUUAAAAUUAGAUAAUGUAGAGCCUAGAAAUUCUUUAUCCCAUACAUGUUUUAGAAACAUGUUGUCUGAUAUGAAUAAAUUUGAAACUUAACAUUAAGCACUUUUGUAAAACAUGCAAAAUAGUGGACAUUUAUUUAGAAAAAUAGCCAUAUUAUUUGUCCAAAUUUUCAUAGCUUUUUAGAGACAGAGACUUUUUAAAAUUUGUUUUCAGAGUCUUGCAAAACAAACAGAAAUGAGUGUACGGCAGGUUGAACGUUGGUUUAGGAUAAGACGAAACCAAGAUCGAACACCCGUGUUUAAAAAGUUCUGCGAAUCAUCGUAAGUUUACUUUUUAAAUGAGUUUUGUUGAUAAAGGUUGUUUCAUUAGAAAUUAAUAGUAUAACAAAACCUUGUAUUUUUAAAUGCCAAAUUCAUCUCUAAUAACUAAUAAAUUACUAAGCCCCUUUUUUUUUACCCACAGAUGGAGAAUGUUGUUUUAUUUUCUCAUAUUUUGGUAUGGCGUGUAUUUACAUUUAGAUGUGAGUAUAGAUUAUGCAAGUUUGGAAGAAAAAAAAUGUUUUUCAUCGCUGAAAUGAGAUAUUUAAUUAAAAUAUUUUCAUUUAUUUUUCAUAUUUGUAGUUAUUUUAAGAAUAAGAAAGAAAUGUUUUUUUUCCUAUGUGCAUAACAUUUUAUUACAAAAUACUUGAAGAAAAAAAAGAAAUAAAAUUAAUAUUUAAAAAGCCAUAGCUGAAAAUAAUUGAACCUAUGAAUGAUGUAAAAAAUGAAAAUUAUAUGAAGUAACAAAUUUCCCCAGAAAACAUGGUUUUAUGACACUUUGCAAGCUUGGGUUGGUUGGCCACAUCAUGUAAGUUCUUUAUUGUUUGAUAAUUCAUUCACAUUAAGAAAAAAUUAUGUUUUUUUAAAUUUAUAACAGUGUAGAAAAUUUAAAAACGUUUAUUAAUGCUCAACUUCAAAAUAGAAUAUAUAAUUUUAAACAUCUAAAUUUGAUGUUGCAGAAUGUGACCAGCGAUGUGUACUGGUAUUAUAUGAUUGAAGGUGCCUUCUACAUCAGUUUGCUCUUUUCACUCUGCACAGACAACAAGAGGAAAGUAAGUUUUUAUGUAGAAUUUCAAUUUUGAAACAAAAAUGUUUACAACAUUAAAAAGAACUACAGGAGGAAUGUAUGGUCAAUGGGGAAUUGAAGAAGAGAGAAAGCUGAGGCUUUCAUCUCACUCUUUCAACAUUUCAGACUUGACUGUUUAAAACAUGCCUUCCAUAUUUAUUAUGUUAUUCGAAAUGUCUGAAGCUACAAAUCUCUAGUUCUUAUGUUAUUUUUGUUUCUCCGCAGGAUUUUUUUUAUGGUCAUUUUCAAAACUCAAUUGUCACAACUGCUAUCUAAUACUAGGUUAUCAGCAUUUUUUCAUUGUAAUGUUUAGCUCCAAAAUGACACUAUGUAGCUGUUCUAAAAAUACAUUUGUAAAUUUUUUUACAUUUGAAGCGGCUAUUCUACAAAUCCAUUUGUACAUUUUUUACAUUUGCUUUGAUGGCAAUGUCAUCAUGCCUAUUGAAGUGAACAAUUUAAGGAUUAAAAAGUUACAAAUAAAAGGUUUGUGUCUUUUAAUAGCAGGCAAUUUGCUCCUAUUUUUCCCAAGCUGUGCAAUCAUGUUAAAUGCUAUUAGAUUAUGUGUUUAGAGCACUGGAUUGUGUAAUUUGUGCAAGGUAAACACAUUGGUUGACAUGUGUGACUGAAAAGUUAGAAGCUUUCUCCUGUCAAAAUUUAAAAAAGAUUCUUACAAUUUCUUGCAAUUUUAUUGAAGCAACAGAUGAAGUGUUGAUUGCAUUAAUUAACAAUGCAUAUAUUUGCCUUGUUUCCUUUUCAUAAUAUGGAUAGAGAGUAUCAGGAAGUAUGUUAGUUGUUUUUCUUAUUCACAGUAGGAAGUAAACCAAAGUUUGUACCAGUUAUUGAAUUUCUUGCCUUUAUUUGUUAAAGUGGGCCAAUUGAUAAUGUGAACAAUUAUUAUCUUAACUGAUAGAUAUAAAAGUGCAAAGUGGUGAGAUUCUGACUAGAAAAAUAUGUAUGAAAUAAUAUUCAUCUAUUUUUAGGACAGAGAAACCGAACAAAGCUUAAGAAAAUGGGUAGUAGUUUUGAUAAAAUUUGUAAAUAAUUAAAAAAAAACAUACUUUAAUAGAAUAUUGCUCCAUACAACAACAGAUUAAAAUUAAAAAAAAAAUUUUGUUGCAGGAUUUCACAGAAAUGGUAAUCCAUCAUGUAGCGACACUAUUGCUGAUGGGCAUGUCAUGGAUUAACAACUUUGUCAGAAUUGGAACGCUUGUCCUCCUGGUACAUGAUGCUGUAGAUUCUUGGAUGGAGGUCAGGCUCUUUUUAAAUCAUAUAUAUAUAUAUAUAUAUAUAUAUAUAUAUAUAUAUAUAUAUAUAUAUAUAUAUAUAUAUAUAUAUAUAUAUAUAUAUAUAUAUNUGCAGAUGACAGACAGCACAUUCUUUCAAAUUUUCAGCUCCACCCCAAACCCUUACUUCCCAAAAUCACCCCUUUUCAAGGCAAAUAUAAAGUACACUGAUUUCAAGGAAAAUAUAAAGGACACUGAUUUCAAUAAAUAAAAUUCUAGAUAACUCCGCUAAAUGAGAUUUUUUUUUUUUUAAAUAUCGCAAGUGCGUUUAAUCUUAAGUAUUUUCUAUUGUUUUUCUGAAAUAAAGUUGGUGAAAUAAACUGGGCUGUAAAGUGGGUGAGUCACUAGAGUAUAAUUAUAUUUCAAGGACAUGAAAAAAAUGUGCAACUGCAAAAAAAGGAAGGGGGGGGGGGGGCUAUUUGGGAUUCUUAUAAAGUGCGUUACUUUGAGCCAGAAUUAUCAAUAACAUUGAUCAUGGGCCCUCAAAAUAUAGAAGAAGAGAAGACUUGUAUGCACGUUUUGUCAAAUUUACAGCCCCACCCCUAUUGCUCGAUAUUACAUUUUAUAAAGGAUUGUUUAAUUUUAUUUAUUAUGAUAUAAAUUCUGUGAACAGUAUUAAACAAUUUCUUAGCAGUUUCCUUUGGCGCUGGUUCAAACACAUUCACAUGACCCACCAUUUAAACAAAUUAUGAUAGAUAAAUGGUAGUAAGAAAACAUUAAUUAUGAACAAAUGGACAAAAUAUUUAAAGAGUUGUCAGUUAUUAUAAAUUAUAUGUUAUAGAAUUUAAUUAAAGAAAUUUCACUGGUAUUUAAUUGAAUAAGAAACAACUGGCACCUUUAAAAAGUAUUCUCCCACUUUAACUUUUUUCACCUUCUAUUUCAGGCUGCUAAAGUUGCAAAGUAUUUAGGCUAUGAUAAAGUCUGUGAAAGAUUGUUCUUUGUGUUUAUGGUGGUCUGGGUUCUCACUAGGAUGAUCUUAUUUCCGUUGAGGUAAAUUUAAAACAUUAAAAUUUUCAGAUCAUUUUGUUACCGACUGCUGCUGUUAGAUCAGACUGAAGGAAAUUACAAAUCAAUCUGCUAACUGAUAUGAACUCUAGAAGUCACCCACUUUUAAUAAGACCUGCUCACACCACCAGUAUUAUUUAAUAUAUUAUUAUUAUAUAAAAAAAUAUUCAGUCCAAAUAUACCCUACCAAAUAAAUUAUAACUGGACUCUCCGCUAAUAAUUUUCACAGAAUUUUAAAGGCAAAUUUUUUGUUGUUGUCAGUAUUAGUUAAUCAGUAGUCUUAAUCCCUUGUACAAUCAUUUAGUAUAUUUUAACCCUCGGUGUUUGGUUUUUAAUCAAGAGUUCCUUUAAAAUAAUAACCAUUUUUAGAAGACAAGAUUUGGGGAAAGGGUUAGUUUUAUUUUUCUGAAGCUUAAAUAAAAUAAUUCUUUUUUAAACGAGUGUGCUUUAAAUUUCUUAAGGAUUAUAAGAUCUACAAUGUUUGAAGCUCUUAUUGGGUUGCAAGACCCAACUGUUGGAUGGUGUACGAUGUGGUCAAUCUACAAUUUCCUGUUGAUAAUUCUCCAGAUAUUACACAUUAUCUGGUUCUAUUACAUUUGCUUAAUUGCUAAAGAUGCUUUCAGAGGCCAGGUUAGUAUUCAUGUUCCUAAUUUAUUUACUUAGAUGUGUAAAAUAUAAACUUAUUUUAAAAAGAAAAAAGUUAUAUUUAAAAAAAAAUUAAAAGUAAUUAACUUUUUCUUCUUCAGAAUCUGCCUAGUCACUCACAAAUAAAGGGUUUAUUAUUAUGUUGAUACUUAUCAUUUUUUAUUAAAGAUGAACUAUCUGAAUAUACAGGCUUAAGUUCAAAUAAAAAAGUUCAGAUUGCCACAUCUUCUAUAAAAAAUAAAAAAUUGGUAGGGUAUAAAAAGUCAUUUUUUCUCCCUAAUUUCUGCUAAUAUACAAUUUAAAAAAAAAAUGUUUUCACUGAGUUAAUUUUUAAAAGUUAAAAAACAGAAAAAGUCUAAAUUAUAUAUUGUUAAAAAAAAUAAUACAACUUCACUUUGUUAUUAUUCUUUCACAGGUGCAAAAGGAUUCACGUAGCAGCUUGGAAUCUGCAAGUGAAACUGAAGGGGAAAUCCAAGAAAGUAAAGAACACAGCUUAGACCCAGGGAAAACAGCAAAUUGGUCUGCAAAUGGAAUUGUCAAUGUCAAGACCAAGAAAGUCUCAUAGACAUUUCUGGAAGGACUAGCAUUCUUUAGCUAUCUAUUUCCUGCCAAAUAAACUUUUUUUUGUUAUGUUAAAUUUUAUGAAUAUUCUGACAUGGUCUUGAUUUAUAAUUGUUACUUUAAAAAAAACAAAAAACUAUAGUUUUUGUACAAGCUUUUUAUUUUAAUUUGACAAAUUUUAAAAUAUAAUUUUUCACCACUGUAUGUGCCUGAUCAUACAUUUGUUGCAUGGCUGAUAUUAUUAAACCUCAUGUUUGGUUCCAUUUGCAAGCCUUGUUUAAAGUUAUGUCAGAUGCAGUAGAUGUCCACCAGUAAAACACAACUCCUUAUCCUUAUAAAAUUUAAGCAAGUAAUUUUUUAUUUAAAUAUGAUAUAUACUUAAAAAAUUUCAAGCUCCUCUCUAUAAAAAAUCUAAUCAUGACAAACUUAAUUCCUUAAAAAGUAUUAUAAAUUUUGAGCUUUUCCACGUUUGCUUUUGGGGGAUUUUUUAAAGUUGAUUACAACUAGAUGCUUACAUAUUUAAUUUUUACAUCUAGGUCAGUUUUGGUUGUCGAAUUGGGCACAUACUGCCUUUAAUUGCUGAUGAGCAAUAGUUGUCUAAUGGGGUGCUUAUUGUUUUUUAUUUGAACAUAUACAAAGAGCGCAACAUAUGCUGACCAUUAAAAAAAUAUCUAUGGGUCAGCAGGUUUGGUCAAUAAUUUAAAAUUAAAUUUGAACAAAAUAUGCUUGGAAAAUAAAAAUACAACUUUAAGGAUUGGUUCACUUAGAUCCAUUUUCAAAUAUUAUUUAAUACUUUUAAUAGAUGUGGUAAAUGUUUUUUCUUUCUUUUUUUGGUUUUUGUUUAGAUCUGGAAAAGCAAUAUUUUAUGUCCCUUGGGUGUUUUUUGUUAUUUGAAUUUCUAUAUUGAAUUGGGUGUUAACCUGAACAAUUUUAAGAAACUCUGGUAUAAGUGCCGAACCUGAUGUGUAGAUAUUAAUCUUACAUGUAAAGAAUAUAUUUUUACCAUACUAGUGGUUUGAUAUGUGUAAAACUGUUUGAUAUUUUUUGUGUGAUCUAUUUAUUUUGGAUAAGGAGUCAAAUGUAACAGUUAAAAUCAGUUCUAACCUGCUCAAAGCUUACCCUUUUAAUCCAGGAUGGGCUUCUACUGCAUUUACUUUCUAUGUUUAAGGCUCAGACUUUCUUAAUUUUUUUUCUAAAAUUUGGUACCGGUAUAUAUAAUUUCAUAAAACAGGAAUUAUAAAACACUACUUUUUUAAAAGUUAUCAUAUUUAAAGUGGUGUACUAUUCGGUAUGGAAUUUGGUGUAAAAUUAAAAUUGCACCAUGUUUGUCUGAAUGAACUUUCAAACGGGAAAUACUUUUAAUCAACUUGAGCAAAUGAAUCAAAUAUAUAACAAUGUGUCCUUCCUUUUCCCAAGAAUGAAUAAGUUUUUAAAACUAAUUGGUUUUAUUGUUAAAAGCAUUAAUUUACCACUGUCUCUUAACUGUCAUUAGUAAGCUUGUUUUUUUUAGUGUGUCAAAUUUUCAUGAGAUGUACUCAAAUUUUAGCCAUAUUUCCCCACAAGUCGUUAUUGUUUUUUUUAAAUCUUGAAUAUUGAAAUGACUUUAAAAUUGCACUAAAUUUUAAGUUUAAUCCAAGUAGUAAUUUCAAUAAAAAGUACUGAAAUAUGAUUUAUACUGUUACUGAAAGAUAUCUUUAAAAAAAAAAUUAUACAUCAUUCAGACAUGUUGGAGUCCUCUGUGCAAGCAGCCAAAAAGUAUUUAUGCUUUUAUACCAAAGGUUAAGAGGUUUCAUGUUCUAUUUUGAAUUUCAGAAUCACAGACUAUUCAAUGCUUGAUUUUACUUGUUAGUUUUGUAAAAUUCUUACAAUUAAACCAAAAUUUUGCUCAUUUCAUUCCUAAAGGCUUUUGGGCUGUUACAAAUCAUAUCAUUGUUGGAAAAUAUAUUAUUCCAGGUUGUCGGAAAUUAUUUUAACUAAAACACAUUUUUUUCUAUAAUAUUCAUUUUUUUUUAAAAUAGUGGGUUUAAGCUAAGUUAAGUGUAGCUAAUACAAAACUUGAUUUUUGAUUUUAUGUUAUGAUUUGAAGAUCCGCCUGAAUAUUUGACCUAAUUAAAAGAUACCUUAAGAUGUUUUUACAUCCACCUGGCUGUCAAACCUCGUAUGUUAAAGUACAUUUUUGACUGCUCAGUGUUCUUUUUUCUUGCUAAAUGAAUCAUUGUAUUAAUAGAAUGUUCACACAAAUAUAGAACCGCGACUGUGAUCAACUGGUUUGAAAAAUUGUUGUUGCUGAGCAAAUGUUCCCUUUUUUUUAAAAAAAACAACAAAAGUCAUUUUAUUGUUUUGAAUUAAUUUUGAUAAUUUUUUUUUGUUACUGCACAUUAAUAUUAAUUUUGCACCAUAGUUAGGUGUGUUUUAAAUAAGAGUGAUUUUCUUUCAAAAUUAAAAUUUUCUCCAGUAUUACAAUGUGUCUCUUUCAAAGUAUGAUAAGAUAGAGAUGAGAUUUUAAAAACUUAUGUAGACAUUGUCAAAAACCUUUUCUUACAUAUCUGUAGACCAAGAACUAUGACUGAACCAGUUUUCUUAUUAGAACUAUGACUGUACCAGUUUUCUUGUUUCUACAUUAUUUUGUGGUGAGAGUUUAUUUAAAAUAAAUCGUAGGCUUCUAUUAUUUUUAAAGUCUAUUUUCAAUAUCAUCCUGGUUGCUCAGCACAUUGAAUGCAAAAUAUUGCCAUGUUUUUUUUAUAAUUGCUCUUAAGGUUGAUAAAAGUCUACAGAUGUUUAAAAAACUUAUGCGUGCAGACCUAUACCAUUCAUGAUAAAUACUUGACACUAAAGGCCCUGGCAUUAUGUUUCUUUGAUUGUAACUUUCACAUCAUAAAAUUGCUCACAUUUUGUAUGUUUUUUUAGAUUAAAAAAUUCUAUUCAGUGUGAAAUUGUAUGACAGAAGUGUGAUUUGACCCAAAAGUGUUUUUAAAAAAAAAAAGUUUUCCUUGUAAUUGCAUACUAAAAUGCCACAUUCGCUCUAACAAUUGUCAGCAGUCACCACAGUUUAAACAGUUGUCAGAUUUACAGAUUACUUUUUGAUUAAGCAUAAAUGUUUGCAAAAACCCCCCCCUCCCCCAAAAAAAAAAAAUUGUAAAGAAACAAAUAUUUAAAACCUUUCACCUUUAAAAGAUUUUCCCCUCUCUACAAACAUGCAUCUGUAGAUGAGCACUUUCUAAAAAAAUCAUUGUGAGUUCAAAUUUUUUUCUUUCUUUGCAUUUCUGUUCCAUUUAUAGAUUUGUGGGUACUUCACCCAUAUUAUUUAUGAGCCAGAUUUAACUAGCUUAAAUGGAUUUUUUCCUAGUGGUAUAUUGCCUUUUCAUGUGUAUUGAAAUUGCAUGCAGAGCACUUUAGGCCUUUAAAAUACCAUAUCGAUGGCGAAAAGAAAUUUUAAGAAUUAAAUCGGUCAUAAUCGGACAGUUUAAAUUACUUAUUUCGGAUGGAAAUUUUUGUUUCCUUUUUAAAAAAAUAUAAGACAAGUUUUUUCAUUUCUUGUCACCUCAUUUCCAGUGAAAAGUUAUAUGAAAGAAAAGUUGUGUUUAUUGAAAUUUACUCUUUAUUUAGGUCUACCGUUAUUAUCACUUGCAAGCCAUUAGUUUCUUAACAGUAAUGGAAUACCUUGAAACAUAUCUUUUUGUAAAUAUUGAAGCAUUUUGGCAUUUUAAUUUGCAAUUUUUUAAUUUUUUAUUUCACCAAUACUUGAUACAUUACCAGUCAUUCAAAUUUGUAUCCAUAUAUCAGAUAUUGAUUUUUUUGUUGUGUCAUGGGAUAUAUUUAAGACUAAAUUUAGGACUUCUGAUCACCAAAGUAAAGCAGCCUAUGUAGAUCUUAUACUUUGCUUGCACUUCCAUUAAGUCUACAAACCAUAAUUCCAUUUUUUAAAAAUUUAAGCUGUCACUAUUUUUUUACCAUUGUCUUUUGAGUGUUUAAAAAAAAAAAAAAAAAAAAAAAAAAAAAAAAAAAAAAAAAAAAAAAAAAAAAAAAAAAAAAAAAAAGAAAGGAAAGGAAAGAAAAGAAAAGCUACAAUAAAGGACAAAUUUUGUGUGUGUGCCUUAGUUGAUUCUUGGUUCACAUUUGCAGCAUUUUGAACCCUUUCUCUAUUUUUUCUAAACAUAAAAUACAGAAUCUGCUAUCAACUUUUUCAUUUCAAUAAACCAAAAAAAAAAAAUUGCUUAGACUUAAGACAAACCUCUGACACUAGAAUUUUGCUGGAUUGUCUCUCGACAAGGCCAUUUCAUAGAGAGAAAAAAAAAAGUAUUUUAUUGAAAUGUUUUUUGUUUCAAUGAUUUACAGCAUUCAGAAUGCAUUACUCACUCAAGAUAUUUCUGUGAGAGUUCUCUAGGGGUUAGUCAACCUGAUGAUGGUAGGGAUUUUUAUUUUGUCAGUCAAAUAUGAGCUCUGUUUGCUAUAGAGACUUUCUUAUCUGUUCUUGCUACAUGUAUGUAAUGAUUAUGACAUUAAAUGAUAUGAAUAUCCAGCCUCUAUGUCAGGGUUCAUUUUAUGAGGAUUAAGUAUCUUCAAAAGGUUAUGGUAAUAAUUAACUCUUCAGAAACAGUUGAAUUGAAUGAAAUAAGAAAUUACUGAAGUAAUAUGUAUGUAAUGAUUAUGACAUUAAAUGAUAUGAAUAUCCAGCCUCUAUGUCAGGGUUCAUU